AUGGGACAGGAGAAGAAGAGAGCGAGGCUGCUGGCAUGGUGCGUGAGGCAUGGUGCAGGAGGCAUGGUGCAGGAGGCAUGGUGCAAGAGGCAUGGUGCAAGAGGCAUGGUGCAAGAGGCAUGGUGCAAGAGGCAUGGUGCAGGAGGCAUGGUGCAGGAGGCAUGGUGCAGGAGGCAUGGUGCAGGAGGCAUGGCGCAGGAGGCAUGGCGCAAGAGGCAUGGUGCAGGAGGCACGGUGCAGGAGGCACGGUGCAAGAGGCAUGGUGCAAGAGGCAUGGUGCAAGAGGAAUGGUGCAAGAGGCAUGGUGCAGGAGGCAUGGUGCAGGAGGCAUGGUGCAAGAGGCAUGGUGCAGGAGGCAUGGUGCAGGAGGCAUGGUGCAAGAGGCAUGGUGCAAGAGGCAUGGUGCAAGAGGCAUGGUGCAAGAGGCAUGGUGCAAGAGGCAUGGUGCAGGAGGCAUGGUGCAGGAGGCAUGGUGCAGGAGGCAUGGGGCAGGAGGCAUGGCGCAGGAGGCAUGGUGCAGGAGGCAUGGUGCAGGAGGCAUGGUGCAGGAGGCAUGGUGCAAGAGGCAUGGUGCAAGAGGCAUGGUGCAGGAGGCAUGGUGCAGGAGGCAUGGUGCAAGAGGCAUGGUGCAAGAGGCAUGGUGCAGGAGGCAUGCAUCUGUUCAACAAUCUCAAGGGGACGAACCCUUUGCAGGUGGAGGGUGAUUCGGUCGAGAGAGAGGAAACAGCGCUGAGUGGUUCUGAGGAGCGGUUGGUGAGGGUGUCAAAGGCGAGUAGCGCCACGAAGAACGCACGCUGCCUGCAGCAGAAAGCAGAGGGCCGAUGGAGUGGAGAGGAGCGAUUGAGUGGAGAGGGGCGAUGGAGUGGAGAGGAGCGAUGGAGUGGAGAGGAGCGAUAG